AGGUGUGGGAGGCCGUAAAGCACGCGAAGAAGCCUAGAAUCCAUACUUUCAUUGCCACAAGUGAGAUCCACAUGAAGGCCAAGCUCAAAAUGACCAAGGAGCAAGUGAUGGAGAAGGCAACUAGCAUGGUCAGUUACGCCCGGAGCCUUGGCUGUCCUGAUGUUGAAUUUAGCCCUGAAGAUGCCGGCAGAUCUGAUAGGGAGUUUCUUUAUCAAAUACUUGGAGAAGUUAUCAGAGCUGGAGCAACAACCCUUAAUAUCCCCGAUACCGUUGGUUAUACAAUUCCCUCAGAAUUUGGACAGCUGAUUGCUGAUAUAAAAGCCAACACCCCUGGAAUUGAAAAUGUUAUCAUUUCAACACACUGUCAUAAUGAUUUAGGGCUUGCGACAACCAACACUUUAGCUGGAGCAUGUGCAGGUGCGAGACAGUUAGAAGUGACCAUAAAUGGCGUUGGUGAGAGAGCUGGAAAUGCUUUAUUGGAGGAGAUGGAAUUCGGGCUCGUAUCAGAAGAUGGGGUGGUUCUAGGGACCCGUGUGCGGGGAGUGUCACCAGAUGAUACGAUCCUAGAUCUUAAGGCCAGGAUUUUUGAGAUGAAUGAGGGAGAUGCCAUGGUCUCGAGGCAAACCCUCUACUUUGGUGGAGAGGAAUUGGAGGUGGACCGAAAAAUUAGUGACUAUCCAAAUCUGCUUAAGGAACAGAUCACUGCCUUUGCUUUUGGAGACUUGGCGCAGAAAGAUAUCCUCACCUUCUCUACUAGGAUCAACCCUCAGCCUCUGUGUGGAUGGAGACCUGGUGAAAAUAUUCAACGAUGUUACCCUGGAACCGUCGCCAACACCGCCCAGUCCGUAACUAGGAAGAGAACUAGGGAAGAAGAGCAAGCCGAGGAGGCGGCGGCAGCUGGGGCAUGGGCAGUGGUGCCUGAGCCUGCAGAUUAAUCUGCUCUUCCGCCGGUGGCCUUUUAUUGAUCCAUGUCGACUCAGUCUAGUUUCAAUAGAUUUGGAUCUUUAUCUUUAUCCGAUCCAAUCCAUAAUAAUAAUGACUAAUAGUAGUUGUUAUGUUACCUGGCCCGCCGGCCGCCCCCUAUUAAUGAAUGACUUUUACCACU